AUGGCCAUCGGAAGUUAUUCUGUUCCCAAGGCGGCCGAAUCGCUCCUGCUUGAAGGAAUACUGCAGAACCCUGUCCUGCGCCAUAACAUUCCUACAGACGCUUCCGCCUUUGCAGAGUAUACGAAAUUCUCUGGAAGUGACAAGCCCAGUGUGCCUAUUAAUUGGAGAUUCGCCGAAAGCAUCUCGGCGCUCAAAGGCCUGGAGUCUCUGUGGCUAAACGCACUGCUGAAGGCCAAGGACCAUGCUACUCUGUUCUUCAUGUCCUGCUUAGUGCUAGAUGUCGUGGGCAAAGACGGUAAACCGGAAAAUCCAAAUCUAUCCUCGAUGCAGCGCGCCCUGUCUGUCUUCCCAAUGAACCGGGGAGAGAGCCCUGUGUAUCGAGGGGCGGCAACAAACAUCUACAAGACCAAGGAUGGUCGCUUCUACCAUCUCCACGGGAGCAUGAACGCGGUCCCAUCGUUGACAGCUCUGGACCUCCCACUGACAGCAGACUAUACAAGCGAGGCCGAGGCCAGCCGUGUCAUCCAAGAUCGCGUCUCUCAAUUAGACUCUCAGGAGCUGGAUACUUUGAUGAACGAGGAAUACCGCCAGGCAGGGACUAUCUGCUACAGCACAGAGGAAUUCAAACACGGCGACCACGGUAAACACAAUGCGCAAGCUGGCCUCUACGAACUCCGUCAUGUUCCCAAUGUAAACCAGCAGCCAGCCUGGUGGAAGGACUCGGCAGACACCGGAGUUUCUCGCCCUUUGGCAGGAUUGAAAGUUAUUGACCUGACCAGAGUCAUUGCCGGGCCAUCUAUAACAAAGGGCCUCGCAGAGCUUGGUGCCAGUGUGCUCAGAGUAACAGGCCCGGAUGUUGUCGAUUUUGUUCCACUCCAUGGCGAUCUGAACUGGGGGAAAUGGAACUGCUCCCUUGAUUUGAAGUCCCCUAAAGGCAAGAAGACAUUACAGGAUCUUAUUUACGAGGCAGAUGUUGUACUAGACGGAUAUCGGCCUGGGGUGAUGGAGCGACUCGGGUUUGGAAGAGAGGCAGUUCUUGGCCUUGUCAAAGAUCGCCCCUAUGGCCUUGUCUACGCUCGCGAGAAUUGCUAUGGAUGGCACGGUCCGUGGCAGCACAGGAGUGGCUGGCAGCAAAUUAGUGAUGCAGUAUGCGGUGUUUCUCUUGAGUACGGCAGGGCUAUGGGGCUCGAUGAACCAGCUACCCCCGUCUUCCCAAAUUCCGACUACUGCACUGGAGUUAUCGGCGUCUCCGGCAUCCUGAAUGGUCUGCUCGAACGAGGCCAAAAGGGAGGAUCGGUAUACGUAGAUAUCGCCCUCAAUUACUACUCCCAGUGGCUGGUGAAUUCAGUCGGCGUUUACCCCCCCGUAGUAUGGGAGGAAGUAUGGAACAAGCAUCAGAACUUGACAUUCCGCCACAUCCAAGGAAUGGGGACGAUGAUCCCAGCUAUGCUGAAAUCAUUGGCACAGAACAGUGGCAACGUGCUAUUCCGGCCUGAGUUCUUUGAGACCCGCCACUCUGCAGCUGUUGACCGCUACUUUAAGGCAGUCAGGCCGAUCCUGAACUUCCCAGGCAAAGAGGUCAACCUUUGCUAUAACGUUGGGACUCGAACCAACGGUCAUGAUGCAGCCAGAUGGCCAGAGGACCUGCGUAGUGAAGUUAUUGUCUGA